ACCAGUUACUCCGAACCCUCUCCCGCUUCGCAUUCCUCCCUUGUCGAGACAUGUCGGCACUAUCGAGACAAUGUGCGGCCACGUCGCGCGCUGGUGCUGGCGCUUCCAGGAAGCAACUGCUCAGCAAAGGUCCCGGCGCAUGCAGCACGGUGCAGACGCGCUCGUAUGCCGCUGUACAGAAGAAGGCAGCUUCAAAGCAAGGACCAAACGGCUUCAAAGGCGGGCGGAACCAGGAGUCGCAGAAGAAGUACAAGGUCGAUCCUAAUGCGCGAAUUAUGCAAUACAAACCUCUCCCUGCAGCGCAACUCGCCUCUCCUUUGUUCCAAACCGUGAACCCGGACCCGCUUGCCGCGCUCCCAACGUUCCGCGCGGACACGCUCACGCGUUCUCAAGCGUCCCGAGCUUUGGCCUUCGCGGACGCAGCGCAAGACGCCUCUGCGCCUUUUCGGGUCUUUGGUGUACAGAGACGGAUGGUGCUGGAGUUUAGGCUGCUGAGUCGCGCGUGCAGUGUUGUACGAGGGGUUACGCUGGAUGUGGUGGAUAGGCUGGAUAAGGCGGGGCAAGAGGGGAGUAAGGGGAAUCGGCUUGUGCUGACCGGUGAUGAAGGGUGCGGGAAGAGUUUUGCGCUCCUCCAGGCGACGCAGUAUGCUGCUGGGAGGGACUGGUUAGUACUUUACAUCCCUCGAGGUAUCGACCUCGUCAACUCUUCGACCCCCUACGUGUACGACGCCCGCACACAAACCUACCUUCAGGGUGCAUUCGCGCUCGAGACGCUCAAACGCUUCGCCCGCGCCAACGCCGCUAAACUGAACGACCUCGUCACAUCCACUCCCGUAGAGCUCGAGCCCCGUGCGGUGCUCCUCGCCGGUCUCCAGCCCCAAGGUCAAAGCACAAACCCAGCGGCCAGCGAAGGCACCGUCUUGCCUCCAGGCACGCCCAUUACGCAACUGAUUGAGAUCGGCACGCGCGAGGCGAGCGUCGCGCCAGCCGUAUUGGACAGCUUGCUCGAGCAGCUCGGCCAGCAGACCAAGAGGCCCGUGUUGCUCGCGGUGGAUGAUUUCCAGGCGGUUUAUGGCAAGUCGGCGUACAAGGACCCGCAUUUCGCGCAGAUCCGGCCAUGGCAUUUGAGUAUGCCGAGGCUGAUUUUGGAGUAUGCGUCUGGGAACAAGACCUUUGCCCGCGGCGCAGUCCUUGGCGCGCUUUCAUCCUCUCCCCACUAUCCUCUUCCCCUCGAGCUUGCCGAGUCUCUUAACACCCCCUCACACGCACCCUCGUCCGGCCCAUACGUGCAGCGCCACGCCACCGCGCAAUUCUACGCCUCUGGGCUGGAAACCAUCCCCGUUCCGUCGAAACUCAGCAUCCCCGAGGCCGCAGCCCUCUUUAGCGUGCGGUGGAAGGGCGGGAAGGAGCCUGGCGAUGAGAUGUUCUUUUCGCGGUAUGUUGAGAGCGGGGGGAAUGCGAGGAGUUUUGUUUGGAAGGGGAUUCUUGGAGGGGCGUUGUAGAGAGGUUGGGGUAAUGCAUAACGUAGAUAUUAGAUCGUUAUUAGUUGCUUAUAAUGACCUUGCACCUGAGGCUCAAAGUUUCCGACAUAGGAAAGAAAUAGGGCCUUGUAUGCGGUCAUGUGACUGACGCGUCGCGCUGGCAAUGGGUCCGGAAU